CACCCCCCCCCCCCGCCCCCCGCACUCCAGCCUGGAAUUCAGGAUCUUUUCUCUUGACACACUUCCCCAUACCCCAGCUGGAGGGUUGGUCACUCAGGAGUCUCCCCUUUCUAAGAGUUGGCUCAGGGGUCCCCCAGGCACCCAAGAGGGGCCCUGGGUUUUAUUUCUGCCCAGCCCCCAGCUAGGGGUUAGAAUUCAGUGUCUUCUCUCCAACUGGGCAACAGGUGCGCUGACUACAUCUUGACUGUGGGGUCUGUGGGUCCUCCUGCCUCAGCUCCUGCCCGCUGUUCCCUGCCUCCCACUCUGACAUUUGGAACCAACAUUCUGGAACACAGGUGUUCUGACAGUUACUCCCACCCUGGAACUGACCCAAGCUUCCCGCAAGAGGAGGAUUCCAGGAUGGAGAGAGGGGCAGAGCCCUGGAGUUGGGUACUGGAGACCUCUAGUGCCAGAUCCCAUGACUUCCAUCCAGAUCCUGCCCCAGAAGCGGCUGGUACUUCCACACCUGGGAUGCGGCGCUCAGUCCUGGUCAGGAACCCAGGCCACAAAGGCCGGAGACCCACUUACGAAGAACUAGACUCAGACUCAGAAGACCUGGACCCCAAACCCGAGGAGCCGGACCUCAACGCUGUCUCUGAGGACGCGGACCCCAGCCAUGAAGGUCUGGAGCCCAUCUCCAGCAACCUGGACCCAAGUGCAGACGCUCCAGGCUCCAUCUUGGGGACCCGUGCCAUGGAUCCCCAAGAUCUUGACCCAAUGUCUUCGAGUUUUGAUCUCGAUCCAGACGUCAUUGGCCCUGUCCCCCUGGUUCUCGACCCUAACAGUGACACCCUCAGCCCCUCAGAAACCCCAGACCUGGACCCCCUCUCUUCCAGCCUCACUGCCACCCCAGAAGGCCUGGCCACCAGCCAGGUGGUGCUCCCUGCACCUGCCAGUCCUCCCCGGCCUUUCUCCUGCCCUGACUGUGGGCGAGCCUUCCGUCGAAGUUCUGGGCUGAGCCAGCACCGCCGCACUCACAGUGGCGAGAAGCCCUACCGCUGCCCCGACUGUGGCAAGUCCUUCAGCCACGGUGCCACGCUGGCCCAGCAUAGGGGCAUCCACACAGGCGCACGACCCUACCAGUGCGCUGCGUGUGGCAAGGCCUUUGGCUGGCGCUCCACGCUGCUGAAGCACCGCAGCAGCCACAGUGGCGAGAAGCCCCACCACUGCCCAGUGUGUGGCAAGGCUUUCGGGCAUGGCUCCCUGCUGGCACAGCACCUGCGCACACAUGGUGGCCCGCGGCCGCACAAGUGUCCAGUGUGCGCCAAGGGCUUCGGGCAGGGCUCGGCGCUGCUGAAGCACCUACGCACGCACACGGGCGAGCGGCCCUACCCGUGCCCGCAGUGUGGCAAGGCCUUUGGGCAGAGCUCUGCGCUGCUGCAGCACCAGCGCACGCACACAGCUGAGCGCCCCUACCGCUGUCCCCACUGUGGCAAGGCCUUUGGCCAGAGCUCCAACUUGCAGCAUCAUCUGCGCAUCCACACUGGCGAGCGGCCCUACGCCUGUCCCCACUGCUCUAAGGCCUUUGGGCAGAGCUCGGCACUGCUGCAGCACCUGCACGUGCAUUCCGGAGAGCGCCCCUACCGCUGCCAGCUCUGCGGCAAGGCCUUCGGUCAAGCCUCCAGCCUCACCAAGCACAAACGGGUGCAUGAGGGAGCAGCCGCGGCAGCUGCAGCAGCCACAGCCGCUGCUGCUAGUCUGGGCCUUAGUCCUGCUUCAAUGUUGCGGCCUGGGCAGGUCUCCCUCCUGGGUCCUGAUGCUGUCUCUGUACUUGGCGCUGGUCUGGGCCCUGACCCUGGUUCUGUGCUGGGCUCUCUCUCCAGUCCCAGCCCCAAACCUGGCCCUGGCUCUGGAUCUGUCCCCAGCCCUCAUCCUGUCAAGUAUUCUGACCCUAAACCUGGUCACGAUGCGAAUCCUGACCUUGUGGCCAGCCCUGACCAUGUAUCUGGUCACAGCUCAGACCUAGAUCUUGAGCCCAGCCCUGUCCCCAACCCCAAGCCCCACCCUGACCCCAGCUCUCCCACCCAUGAGAGUCCAGCCCUCCCUGCCUGUGAAAGUCCUGAGUGGGUGCAGGAACAAGGGGCACUGCUGGGGCCUGAUGGCUGAAGGGGACGCCACUACCCACGGAGGCCUGGGGAAGUCGUGUGUUGUGCAGUUAGUAAAACCCUCCCACUUCCUUCUG